ACAUUGACACACUGGCAAAGAAGUAUGAGGCCAUUCUCCACCACCCACCACAGUCUAUGGAGACCAUUAACAGUCAGUAUGCUGAAUUCAAGUACAUAAUGAAGCAAAAACUUAAACAGAGGUCAAUCAGCACAUUCUCAGAUAUGGUUGCUGCAACACUUAGAUGUGAGGAGCUAAAGGAGAUCUCACAGCUUGUGGAUAUUUGUGCUACAUUUCAAGCUUCCAGUGCCGACUGUGAAAGAGGAUUUAGUUUAAUGAAUCAUAUCAAAACAAAAUCCAGAAAUCGUCUUGAAGUGACACAUUUGGACCAGCUGAUGCGCAUAAAGUCAAAGCAAGAAGCAGACGAAGCCAUCAACCUGGACAAAGUGUACAACCAUUGGAGAAGUGAGAAGGACAGACGUGAAAAAUAAGAACAGGACCCUCAGCCAGGCAAAGCAGGACUCUUCCCAUGGCCAAAGCAGGACUCUCACAUACUGUAUAACAUCUACACAUCCCAUUUUUCAGAUUUUUGUCUUUUUUUAAGUGGACCAAAUUACUUAUUUAAAAAUAAAGCGUGCAUAUCUAAUGUUGCUCACAGUAGUCCUCAGUUUGCUCAGGGAGCUUGUGUGUAUGCCCAGAUACAUGAAAAAUUAGAGGGAACAUUGGUUAUGAGUAUUCAAAUCAGGAAGGGAUGCAAAAAAUGUUGAAAAGAAAUGCUCAUCAUCACAGUUAGGGGUGUAAACAUUAGCUAAAAUUAGAGGAGUGUUAUACAGAUGCCCUGUAACUACCACAAAUCUACCAUGUGGGUCAGAGGUAACAUGGGAUGGGAUGAAAGGCGUGUUCUUAUUUAUUAAAAUGGCAGUUCCCCGAGAUUUAAAGAGGAAAUUUGAAUGGUACAUUUGAACAACCCAACCUUUCCGCAACCGGAAGUGACCUUGGUUUCUCAAGUGAGUCUCCUGUAGAAACGCAAUUUCAGCAUUGAGCUUUUUCAAAUGAGUCAAAACUCUUCCCCGCUUCACUGCGUUAUUAAGGCCCUUCGUAUUCCAACUGAUAUAUUGCACUAGGCUUUUCCCUUUAGCAUAGGAAGAUGUCAUAGCUACCUAGUCCAGUGACUAUCCUAUUAAUUGUAUUUCCAUCAAAUAUAAUUUUAACAAGCAGCUUUUUAAGGAAAUGAAUAACGCACAGAUAGCAAAACAGAAGAAAAAAAAAAACAAUACCCCCCACCCUCCACUGACUUUCCCCAACUGAAAGGCGAGAAAAUCCCACAUUAGCACAAAUCCAAACAUUGUGUAGUCACUACACCAGCUAAACUACUUCUGAACUUCUGUUUAGCUGAAGCUCCCUUUUAACACUAAAAAUCAAACAUUAAAAGUGCAUGUAUACAUAUCUGCAUAAAAAUAACCGUUCAACCAUAAUAUAUCAUAAUAGAGGAAGGAAUUGGACUGAAAUACAAAAGCUUAGGUUUACCUCAUUGUCCCUAGGUAACAUAGAGGGCUUCUUUAAAUCGAAAAAAAAAAAAUAUAUAUUAUUAAUAAUAAUAAUAAUAAUAAUAAUAAUAAAAGAAAAAAAUUAAAUUAAAUAUAUAAAUGAUGUAGGUACCAUGGCCUACAAAAGACAUAAACUACAAAGCCCAUAUGUCUACCUCAGAGUGACUCACGUAACCAUGCCCCCUUCCGCAUCUCUUCUGUAACAGUAUUGGCUCACUGUAAAUUCGAAACGUGCAGCCUUCAAUAAAAACGGAGGUUGCCGGCGUUUCGCUCUCUUUCUUCGCCCUCUCUUCUCUUUUUCCCAUUCUGCGCUUGCUUUCAUUGUCCUCUCCCUGGACUCGCCAUCCAUCUCCCGUCACCCUCCCGCGUAAGUCCACACGCCUGGAACAGUUCGCAAGGCCUGCAGCUGAGCCAGGCCCGAAUAUCCUUGGUGGCUGCUGGCGGAACGAGGCGCUACGAAGCGCUAUUUUUAGAGGUGGUCAAAGAACCAGGAGAGCCACGCACGACCGACGCAUCCUGCAGAGCGAGUCCCAAGAAGCAAGAGACUAGCGGAGGAUCCGGUUGCGUGUUUUGGAACAGAAAAGGGCUUCCCCUUUCCACCACAACCUCCACAGACUUCGCACUGGAAACCAGGAAACAUUUUUCUAACAACCAACCCAAAGCAAAGGACACUCAAAUAAGGCUAUAACUCUGGGUUUAGUAUAAUUAGCGACAGACCGAAUGUAGCCACUUUCGUGCUUGGAUGUAUAUAACUGUAACAUUCAUACUCCAUCUUGUUCCUUUGUUUUCCGUGAACACGUGUCCGCUGUACACAACCCCCACCUAGGAGAACGUCCAACAUUCCUCACAUUCCUCACAUACUUACACAUACACACAACACCUACACACAAGCACACACAACACCUACCCACACGUGCACUCACAUAGUUUAUCACAUCAUAGUAGUGAAUUGUGCUUUGCCCUUUUCGGUACUUUGUUGAAUAAACUUUAUUAUAUUUAGGCUACACGGUUGUCUGUAUUUAUAUUACUCUUGUGUUGAAUUGAGUCAGCCGCUGCUAAUCCAAAGAACUUAAUGAAUACCUUCACCCCCUUAGCUAAAUCAUUUAUAUUAAUUUAGUAUUAGCUGAAUGAUAUUAUGAUUUGGUUAAGAUUGACUAUAAUGUGUAAUUUUAAUCAUAAUUAAUUUAAUUAUUAAUUUGAAUUGCUAAUGUAUAGUUUGUAUAAUUAUUAUGAGACUGAUUAUUACAUGCUGGCACCACCUGUGAGGAUAUUGAUGUAUAUCUUCUACAGUUUGGUGCCCCACUAUGAGAAGUAACGGCAUGUCCCCAACAAUUUUUUAAAUAAUAAUUCCAGAAACUUGGAAAGUAAAUAUUAGGCUGUAUCAAGUGUUAUAUAUCAGGCAGGGGGAUUCGAAGUUACCCAAAAUUACAAAUAUUUAAAAGCAGGGACAACAUACUACCCAUACUGUUUGGCAUGGGAACUGUUCAGCUGCAGCCAGGAAGGCCCUGCAGCGGGUUGUGAAAUCGGCCCAGUACAUCACCGGAACCAGUUUCCCCGCCAUCAAGGACAUUUACACAGAAAGGUGCUGCUUUUAUUGUUGUACGUUCUGUUUUUAUUGCUUGUUUAAUUUUUCUGUUUUUAGGUAUUCACUAUGGCCCCGGGGGCACUAUAUUUCGUUCUGCUUUUAGCAUAACCUGUAAGGAGAAGGAAUGACAAUAAACUUAAACUUAACAUUAUCUAGUUCAAGACCUGUGUUCAGUGUUCAAUGACCCAAAAUGCUAGUUCCCCUAUCUAUAUCAAAGGGUUCUGUAAUAAAAGUUUAUAUUCGAGGCCUGAGCUAGAGCGUUGCGCAGUACUCAAAACCAGCAGCGAGAGGCGACAACACACCAACAGGCGCCGAGCCCACCGAAAAGUAAAAGAAGAAGACGGCUCAUAUUUUUUCACCCUUAAGGCCACCAUAGUCCCCAGGAACGGGGAGUAUCUGAAGUCAUCGUGUUAACAUUUAUCAUGAGAAACAAGGCAGUACCCUGAGUGUGAAAUAAAACCUUAACACAAAAAGCCUUUGUCUUAUAAUAAAAUUCUUCCCAAAAUGGAUAAAUAAAAGUCUGGUCUUAACUUAAAAUGGACCGUCAGAGAGAAUGUCAACGGGGAUAGAUAAAGACGUAAGCCAUAUUAGUUAUGUGCAACGUUAGCAGGUAGACUGACCAUUAAACUAGCCAUCUCAAAUUAGACCAAAAUAAAGUUAUGUUACUCACACGACUAUUAAACUAUGGAUGCGGGAAAAUCUUUGUGUGGUAGAACUCAGUAGCUGAUUCUGGAGUGUUGAAUUUGUGCCUGACACCAUUGAAGUUCACAGAGAGAACAGCAGGAUAGAAUAGACUGUACUCGAUCUUGGCCACACGCAACUUGGCUUUCACUGAAUUGAAGGCAGCUCGAAGUUUGCCAACCUCGGGAGGGAGAUCCAGGAAGAUAUGAACGGGCAAAUCUUGAUAGGAGAGCCAUCCUUUGCCCUUGGAUAUGCCCAAAAUUUGCUCCUUUUCAGCAUAGUAUUGUAGCCAUACCAGGAUGGGACGAGGGCGCUCACCUUUCUUCAGUUUGGGAGCCAGAGAUCUAUGGACACGAUCAAUGAUCACAGGAGAUAUAAAGUUCUCAGGACCCAAAACCUCCGGAAAGAACUGUGACAUAAAGCGAGUGGGGUUGGCUCCCUCAGCUCCCUCUGGGACACCAAUGUUUCUUAAAUUUUGCCGUCGACUCCUGGAUUCGAGGUCUGUACACUUCUCUUGUAGUCGCUUCAUUUCGCAUGACUGUGAUUCAUUCUGGCGGUCCAGUCGUGCAAUCCGCUCAACCGCGUUGUUGAGGCUCUGUGCUAUGGUAGCCUGCUCCACAGUCACUUCUCUGUGCGAAGUUUUCCAAAUCAAAGCAUAGCUUUUUGAUUGGUGUCUCCUCCGCCAUCUUGUGACUUUCUUGUGAUGUUCACUCUCGCGUGGAAUCCGGCUCUAUGUUAUGCUGUCUCAUUCAAUACCGAGUAUGGUUUUAAAGUAGGUAAUUAAAUUGUGAUUAAAAGGCUGUUAUGUGUUGAUAUUAAAGGAAAAUAUUUGGGAUCUGCGAGACUUAGGUCUACUCCAUUGCAGGCUCACACCGGAAGUCCCCUACAACCAGCAAAAGCUGGAUUCAAGGACCACAAUUCUUGUUGAGGCCAAAGUGUGAAUAGUCAGAGCGUCCAGACAAAUCCAGUCAUUCAACAGAAGACGACGUUGAGGUCAGGAGGUCAGACACAGUGUCCCUCAUACAGACUUAUGAGAACACAGAUGCAAUGAGUCAACUUGCCGAGAACUUCUCAAGUUGGUACAAACUCAAAAAAGCAACAGCUUGGCUCAUGCGCUUGAAAGAGAUUCUGCUAAACUUGAGUCAGAAGAGAAAGGAAUUUCAACAGGCCAUCAGUCAGUGUGAAAGUAAUCCGUCCAAAGUGAAGUCCCUACUUCAGCAAAAGAUUCUCAAAUACAAAAAGAGCUGUGAAAAACGAGCACUCACCAUUGAGGAUUUAUCCAAGGCAGAAUCAGAGUUGAUUUGGCUCUGUCAGAAACAGAAAUAUGCAGAAGAGAUCAAAGCCUUACAGCAAGGUAAAGGUCAUGUCAGCUUGUGUCAUGCCAGACAAGCCACCCUUCACAAAUACUGGUGUGGAUUAUUUCGGACCUUUUGAGGUCAGUAGGGGACGUAGCAGAGUGAAGAGAUAUGGUGUGCUUUUCACAUGCUUAACCAGCAGAGCAGUCCACAUAAAAGUUGCGCACUCGCUUGACACCAACUCAUGUAUCAACACAUUGCGUCACUUCAUGAGUAGAAAAGGCCAGGUGUCUGUUCUUCGUUCUGACAACUGCACUAAUUUUAUUGGAGCCGAGAGAGAGUUGCGGGAAGCAUUGAAAGACCUGGACCAAUCCAAGAUCAAAGAAGCUGUGAUGAAGAGAGGAGUCAAGUGGAUCUUCAGUACCCCGGGUGCAUCCCACCACGGAGGUGUCUGGGAACGCCAAAUACAAACUGCCAGGAAGGUUCUAAGUUCCCUACUAAAGCAACAAGUGUUGGAUGAUGAGGGUCUGCAGAUCCUCUUAUGUGAGGUGGAAAGCAUUAUCAAUGACAGACCCAUAACAACGACCUCAGAUGACCCUAACGACCUCAAGGUGUUGACCCCAAACCACUUGCUAUUGAUGAGGACACAGCCAAAUAUUCCCCCAGGUGUCUUUUUAAAAGAGGAUCUAUAUGUGCGCCGCCGCUGGAGACAAAUUCAAUACAUGGCGGACCUGUUUUGGCGCACAUGGACACAAGUAUUUACCUCUCUUACAAGAAUGACAGAAGUGGAGCACAUCAAGGAGGAACUUCAAGUUUGGGGAUGUUGUUCUUAUCGUAGACUCCUCCGCUCCAUGAAACUCGUGGAUGAUAGGAAGAAUUAUCAAGAUUAUGCCAGACUCAAAGGGUACAGUCUGCAGUGCCUGUGUUCAGAUGAAGACAAGUAUGCUGGAGAGACCCAUUACAAAGUUAUGCCUGUUGGAGGAAGCAGUGUAAAGGUCAAGAAGGACUUACUUAAGGCAAGAUAAGAAAAUACUUACCUGUCUUGAAUAAAGAUGAACACUUUAACCUGUUAGAAACCUGUAAGAAGAAAGACAUAUUUUGUUGAUAUUAAUUAUUAUGGUGUAUUAGUGAUUUUUUAUUUACCUUUGGUUAUAUUAUAUAUAUAUUUCCCAUGUAGAACAUUAUAGAUGUAUAAAAUAACUACCUCAAACCGUUUCUCCCCUCUGAUUGGGUAACACUUUAAUAAGGACCAUAAGUUUCACUUCUGCUUUUGUAUUAGACGAAGCUAUUGAGCCGAGGGAGCACACUAGUCUUUGACUGUGUCUUUAUUUUUGUUUUGUACAGUUUUCAAUCCCUUCAGUAAACAGUUAAAAGGA